UGCAUCUCAUUAGUGACUUAAUUAAAUGGCUCAAGCUCACCUUUCUAGUUCCUUUGAUAUGGCAGCUCUGGAAGCAGGAAAACAUCUCUCUCAAGAAUUGCAAGACAAGGAUUCAUUGAAAUCUAGAAUCACAAUUCACAAGCUUGCUGCUGAACUCAUAGGAACAUACAUUCUCAUACUCAUUGGAAUUGGAUCAAUACUUGUGGACCAAAGGGUGAAGAUAACACUGCUUGGUGUGGCUUUUGUUUGGGGCACCGUCGUCACGGUGCUCGUUUACACCAUCGGUCACAUCUCCGGCUGCCAUCUCAAUCCGGCAGUCACCUUCGCCUUUGCUGUCGUUCGCCAAUUCCCUUGGAAACUAGUAAUUCCAUACGCGGUAGUUCAAGUGCUAGGUGCAAUUCUAGCAAGUGUAACACUCCGGUUUCUCUUCGUCGACAUAGAUACAGAUUUGAUGCUGUCUCAUCCGGCAGGAAGCUCGAGUAACUUGAGUGCGGUGGCGUGCGAGAUCAUCGUCACAUUCAUUCUCAUGUUUGUGAUCUGUGGCUCAGCCACAGACUCAAUGGCUGCGAAAGAGCUCGCCGGAGUUGCCAUUGGAGCCGCCAUCUUCUGCAAUGUUCUCAUUUCUGGGACUAUAAGUGGAGCUUCAAUGAAUCCUGCAAGGAGUUUAGGACCAGCUAUUGCUACCAUGAACUUUGAAAGAGUGUGGAUAUAUGUGGUUUCACCGGUGAUUGGAGCUGUUUUUGGAUCAGCAUUGUAUCACUUCUUACGUUUGCCUAAAUCCCUGAUCAAUUAGAUAAAUCUUCUUUUUUUUUUAAUUAUUAUCUUGUUUGAAUGCCAUCAGUUGUUGUACCUUUCAUAUUAAUGUCACACUCCUUGUGCUUAUAAAGUGAUUAGUCAUUGAAUUUCUCA